AUGGCAACCCAGGCCCCGGUGGUCGAGAUCACCGACGACGACGACGACGUGCCCGCCGCCUUCACCCCCGCCCGCCCCCGCAACCGCAAGCGCCCCCGUGCCACUGCCACUCCCUCGACUGCGGCGGCGAGCAGGAGCACGCCUCCAGACUUCCUCGGCGCCUUCUCCCCCACCCCACCCGCUACGUCCUCCCGGGACUUCGUCGGCGCCUUCUGCCCUUCCCCGAUACGCCCCUGGAACCAGCGCGUCUCCGCGACCCCGACCUCCCACGACGACACCCCUCCCCCGCCGAAGCGGCGCCCGUCCGCGCCGCCGAUCAUCCUCGACGACGACGACGACACCCCUACCUCGCCGUACGUCUCGGAGACCCCCGACAAUGUCGCUGCUGGGACUCCGGGGUUCACCACCCCGCGCCCGGCUACUGGGCCUUCUUCCGCUGCCCCGGUCUUCUCUUCUACCGGCCGCGUGCCUGCAUCGUCGGGUGAAGUUUCUUCUCCUCUUAGCCUCGUAGCUGAUUAA